AUGCUUGGAUUCUUCAUUAUUUUGUUUUUGGUUCAUGUUUCCGUGGCUACUCCUGGUCGCUUCAAACGUUUUCUUAAUUCGGAGGUGCAUAACCGAAUCGAUGUGCUGGAGCAAUCUCAUAGCACUCAUCGCAACGACACCAACUGGAUGGGUACCAUUAUGGUUUCGAUCAUCCUCAGUUUAGCAAUUAUCUCCAUCACCAUUUUCAUUACAUUUAUUUAUAUAUGCUAUCGUGUACGCCGCCGUGUACAAGCAACUCAAGCUCCUACAGUUGCUGCUGUAGAAGCAUCAAUUUUACCUCAACUACACCCAAUUAUUCCACCACUAUUGGCACUACUUCGUCAACAACAUCAACUCGACAUAUCUCCACCGCCUCAUACAUCAUUACACUACCCAUCUUCAACAUCUACUGCUACACCAUCUAUUCCUUUCACAAGUCUCCCAACACUUAAAUUUUAA